GCGGAUGGAUAUAUCUUUCUUUUCUUUCUUCUUUCUUUUUUUGUGCCUUAUCAAACCCAGCUCGUAACGCCUUUCACUUGCGACCUGAUAAGAACAAAAACACAAACAUUGGUCGACAAGGGAAACGAUAAUAAACGGGGCAGUGUCAGGGGUACAGGGAUUUUUGACCGCCCCCUCGCUCGUCCACGAUAGAUAUUUUUGGGUUGGUUUACUGUGACGCUAGAUGCUUGAUGUGAUGGUUUCCCUUACUCGACGGAAAAUAAUACCGCGACAAAAGUGGGUGUUUUGUUGCACGACAUUUUUUGGGUCCUGACUUUUUUUUAUUAUUUUGCGGCCGAUACGGAUGAAUGACAAAGAUUGGCAAUCAAGUGUACGAUAGAAUGACUACCACUGGUAAACAUAAGACGACAUUGUCACGACUGAUUGGGG